AUGGCUGUGUUCGUUACAUGUAUUAUAGUUCGCAUCGGUACUGUAACAUUGACUUUGGUUUGUCGACUCUACUCGACAGCAAGAACACGGUACAGAGCAGAGAUAGCAGAAUUGCAUGAUUCAUUUUUAAGUUCUCUCGGAAAACGGCUCAGAAUAUCUGCUUCCGCAUUUAAACAUAAAACGAAGAGGCUUCUUCUCCUUUCUGCACUGCACAUGCGAGCUUUGACAUAG